UCUCGUCGGUUCCGCGUUCCCGGUGCCUCUCGCCGCAACCCCAUCGCCGUAUCGCGCAUCCUGGAGCGCGAUCCCCUCGUCGGUUGAGAGCCUACCAUAGUCAGAAUGCAUCACACGGCGCCGUGGUAUCUGCCCUGGGGCCUGAAGCUGGUGCCGCUGCCAAUCCCUCCGGGACACCCCGCCUCCGGUAUCCCAAAUCCUGGCCUACACCUGCUGACGCCUUUACCUGGAAUCUACGCACCGGAGCCGCGUAAGGUUGAUUUGAAACCUUUACGAGAGGCGACAGUGGCGGUCCCCGCGCCGAAAAUUACCGAGAAGCGAAAAGCUGAGGACGCUGAUGCCAGCAAGGAUCUGAAGAAGGCAAAAUUGGAAACGAAAGCACUGAAAGCGAAGAGGCCAGGAUUCACGGACGAGCGGUACAACGAAACCAGUUAUUACGUGGAGCACGGUCUCCGUAAGGUAUAUCCUUAUUACUUUACCUUCACGACAUUCACGAAAGGUCGAUGGGUCGGCGAGAAGAUCCUGGAAGUCUUCGCGAGGGAAUUUCGUGCCCAUCCAGCCGAGGAAUACGAGAGAUGUAUUCGCGCCGGCACCCUAACGGUCAACUAUCAAAAGGUGGACGUCGAUUACAGAUUACGGCACAACGAUCUCCUGGCUAAUGUUGUCCACAGACACGAGGUGCCUGUCACCUCGGAGCCGAUCACGGUGAUACACAUGGACGAGGACGUCGUCGUGGUCAACAAGCCCGCCUCCAUCCCUGUUCAUCCAUGCGGUCGUUAUCGGCACAACACCGUGGUUUUCAUCCUGGCGAAGGAGUACAACUUGAAGAAUCUCAGAACUAUUCACAGGCUGGAUCGGUUGACCAGCGGCAUUCUCUUAUUCGGUAGAACGCCGAAGAAGGCGAGGCAGAUGGAGCACCAAAUAAGAAAUCGACAGGUCCACAAACAGUAUGUGUGCCGAGUGGAGGGUGAGUUCCCCGAGGAGGAAGUGAUCUGUUCGGAGCCAAUCGAAGUCGUCUCCUACAAGAUCGGCGUUUGUAAGGUCUCCGAGAAAGGCAAAGAUUGCGUCACCCGCUUCAAGCGUCUCAGCUACAAUGGUAAAUCGUCGGUAGUGCUGUGCAAGCCACAGACUGGACGCAUGCACCAGAUCCGCGUGCAUCUGCAGUACCUCGGCUAUCCCGUGGUGAACGAUCCUCUCUACAAUCACGUGGUCUUUGGCCCGCACAAGGGAAAAGGCGGUAAUAUCGGCAAGACCGACGAGGAGCUCGUGCGGGAUCUUAUCAGCAUUCACAACGCCGAGAAUUGGCUCGGUAUGGACGGCGAUUCUGAUAUGAGCCUGUUCAAGCCGAAGCUGGAAUUGGAAGAGCGCAUGCUGGGCUCCGGAAGCGACAAGGACAACGGCUCCUCGCCGUCAUCCACCCCGGGUCUGGUUGAGGACGAUCAACAACAGCAACCGCAACAGCAACAGCAGCCGCAGCAGGAAUCCCUCAAGGUCACCGUGGGAACGCAAACAGGCUCGGAACCGCCGGAUUCCACUUUCGCUAACGACAAGGUCACCGUUGAUCCGCACUGCUACGAGUGCAAAGUCAAAUACAGGGACCCGAAGCCGUCAGAUCUGGUGAUGUAUCUGCACGCGUGGCGUUACUGCGGCCCGGGAUGGGAGUACGAAACGCCGUUGCCUGCAUGGGCGGCGAGCGAUUGGACCGGCGACGAUCGAUAGUUCGGACGACGUGAUCGAAGACGAUCCGCGCGGAUUCUUUGGCGAGCAGUCAUUGUUGUCGUCAUCGAGUCUCAACUCCCUUUUUUGAUAUCCUUACCCCGUGCCUUCCAUCCGCCAAUGAGCGAUUUUGACCAUCGUACGCAAGCAACUACAUGUAGACGAAUACGCAUACAUGCAGACAUAUACACACAGUAGCAAACAAACGUGCAUCCCCCUACAACU